ACCGCUAGUAAGCGCGGCGGUAUAUCCACGGCUGCCCGAUAACAGUGCAAGGAAGUCGAGCGCCAAACACAGGCGGAAAACAAGAGAACACUUCAAGAUGAGCGCCAUAGACAGCAUUCUCAAUUACACCCGCAAAGAGGAGGAGGAUUUCUACGCGCUGCUCGGUUGCGACGAGAAUUCCACAACAGAACAGAUUGUCGCUGAGUACAAGGUCAGAGCUGUUCAGUACCACCCGGACAAGAAUGAGGGCGACAAAGAAGCCGAAGCGAAGUUUCAGCAGUUGCAGGAAGCAAAGGAAGUCCUUUGUGACCCCGAGAAAAGAAGCAACUACGACAAGUGGCGCAAUAGUGGCAUUGCCAUCAGCUACAAGCAAUGGGUUGGAAUGAAGGAACACGUUCAUUCGUCAAUGCACUGGACCACCCUGAAGACGAAAGAUAGGAUGCUGCCUGAAACUGCAGGUGAAGGUGGCAGCACAAGUGCCUCAGGGAGUGCCCCCCAGGCACGCCGCCGGGGUUCAGAGGGAGUUGCAAAUAUACACUGGGGUGCUCGCGGCACUGUCAACUGGAAAUCUGACGCUUCUAGUGAAGUUGUCAGCAAGUUCCGCAACUAUGAAAUUUAGACUGCUUUGCUAUUGUAACUAAUUUCCUGUUUGUGUCACAACCUGUAGAGAACUACAUUCCAUGGGUGUGAUGCCGUCUCUGUG